GGCAGGCAGGCGGGCGGGCAGCGGGGCCGAGCGAGCGAGCGAGCGAGCGGGAGAGAGACAGAGACAGAGACAGAGAGGGGCGCUCGCCGGGCGGCUGUCGGGGUGCCAUGGCCGGGGCCACCACCAUCGAGGCGGUGAAGCGUAAGAUCCAGGUCCUGCAGCAGCAGGCCGACGACGCCGAGGAGAGGGCCGAGCGCCUGCAGCGGGAGGUGGAGGGGGAAAGGCGAGCCCGCGAGCAGGCUGAGGCUGAGGUGGCCUCCUUGAACCGCAGGAUCCAGCUGGUUGAGGAGGAGCUGGACCGUGCUCAGGAGCGCCUGGCUACUGCCCUGCAGAAACUGGAGGAAGCAGAAAAGGCUGCAGAUGAGAGUGAGAGAGGAAUGAAGGUCAUUGAAAACCGGGCCCUGAAAGAUGAAGAAAAGAUGGAGCUCCAGGAGAUCCAGCUGAAAGAAGCCAAGCACAUUGCAGAAGAGGCAGAUAGGAAGUACGAAGAGGUGGCUCGUAAGUUGGUGAUCAUUGAAGGAGACUUGGAACGCACGGAGGAACGAGCUGAGCUAGCAGAGUCUAAGUGUUCUGAGCUGGAGGAGGAGCUGAAGAAUGUCACCAACAACCUCAAGUCUCUUGAGGCUCAGGCGGAGAAGUACUCUCAAAAAGAAGACAAAUAUGAAGAAGAGAUCAAGAUUCUCACUGACAAGCUCAAGGAGGCAGAGACCCGUGCUGAGUUUGCUGAGAGAUCAGUAGCCAAACUGGAAAAGACAAUUGAUGACUUGGAAGAUGAGCUCUAUGCCCAGAAACUGAAGUACAAGGCCAUUAGCGAGGAGCUGGACCACGCCCUCAAUGACAUGACCUCUAUAUAAGCUGAAAUGCACCAAAGAGGAGCACCUGUGUACACAGAGGAUGCUGGACCAGACCCUGCUCGACCUGAAUGAGAUGUAGAGCUGCCCUGCCCUGCCGCCGCUCCUCCCCAACCCGACCCGACCCGACCCGACUGCACCGGAGGCCAGCCUGCCCGAAGCUGACCUUGAAAUGGAGGGCUGAUCUUUAACUGGAAGGCUGCUUUCUCCUUUCGCCACCCCCUCUACCCUCAAUGUCUUUUUGUUUUAACCAAACUGUCUCUGCCUCUUCCCAGAGAGUCCCGCUGGGUGGAGGCUGAGCACCUUGGGGAACAUGUAAGGGAACGGGCACAGCGCGGUGUCUGCUAAAGCAUGCUGGGAUGUGCACAUCUUGUCAUGUCUCGUUGUAGCAACUGUUUGUAAAACAUUCCAAGUAAUUCCACGUCUCGGGAGCAGCAAUCUAACGAUUCCUUUCUCACUUUUAGAGGGUAACUUUUUCAGCCUUAUGCAUCCUGCCCUUUCCGUGGAGGAGGAGGGCAGGCUGUGGGCCUGCCUCACCGAGAGCCACAGAGCUCAGGACAGACUGCUGUGGAACCUCAUUGCUCUGUACAAAGGACCAGCCAAACACAGGGAAUCUUAGGACAUUUGCCAAAAACAAAAGGCCAAUACCGUGCUGUGAUAGCACUCAGCUGUUGUUGUCUUUGAACAACUUACUUUUGUUUUUUACUAUUUUCAUUAUACAUUACCAAAUUAAUCUCCUUCCUAAGCACUGGGGAUCCAAGUCUGGGCCUUAGGCAUGUUAGGCAAGUGCUCAGCUCUACCCUUCUCACUGUUCACAGAAUGGAUCUUGUGCUCUCUGAGGCUGAGGUGGACACUCAGUGCUGUCCUGCCUCCUUCAAGAAUGAAAAUCAUGUUUGUGCCACUGGCUUACCCAUAGGAAACUCACCCACCUUGUCUGAGCCCAAGCCUCUGUCUCGAAGGUGCCAUCUCACGACCUCAUUUCUUUGCAUCAGUCAUGCUGAGAGAUCUUGAAUACCUUAUGUACAAAACUUUGAAAAUUUUAUAGUAUUUUGGAACUUUGCUUUGGGGCGGCUGAGGUGCCUUGACCACUCCACCUGACUGUGAGAAGUGUAGUUUGUGGGCAGGCAGUAUGCUGUCAAAGUUUCUUUCCCCACCCAGUUGCAACUUAUAGGUGAGGUUUCUGUGAGUCCUGCUAGGUGCACAUCCCGCAGCUGAAUGGCUUACAAUGUGCUCUCCUUUGUUGUGACCUCUUUGGGGCCAGUUGGAAAAGAGAAUACCAUAGUGCAACUGUUUUGAUACAAAUGUCUUUUUGAAAUAAAGAACCAGUCACCUCAA